GAAGUUGUUUGGCUCAAUCAUGCUGUCUCCUUCACCUUGUCUAAAGCUUGGACUACUGUUUGAAUGGUGUGGAGGAGGAAGUCUUGCUGACUUUAUAUCAAGGUCCCAACAACAAGCAGAUGACAAAAGAUUUAAUCACAAUGGAAAAGUUCAAAAGAUGAUGGAGCAAAUUCUGGCUGGAGUCAAAUACCUUCACACACGUAGCAUGAUUCAUCGAGAUCUCAAACCUGAGAAUGUCAUGUUGACAGUACACGACGAUGUUCGAAUUGCAGACUUUGCAACAGCCAAACGGCAGGCAGAGAUCACUGGUUUUCAAGUUGUUGGCACAGAUAUCUACAUGGCACCAGAAGUGUAUGACUGUCUUCCCUAUUCGUUGUCUUCUGACAUGUAUAGCAUUGGUGUUAUGAUGUGGGAGAUCUGGAAUCAAAGGAGAGUCAGAGAUUGCACUUCAUGCAGAUUGCCACAAGAUAUUGCACAGUGGGUACUCAAACAGAAGUUUGAUGGUACUCGUGGACAACUCUGGCAAGAUCUUGCUACAAGAUGCUUGAGCACAGUACCUACAGAUCGACCAUCAGCAGAACAGGCAUAUAUAGACUUGGUAGGCAAGGAAUGAUAUAAAGUCAAUAAUCACAUGCAAAUCAAUAACUAUUUCAUCAAAUCAAAUAGGUCUAUGUCUCUUAUGGAAAAACUGCUAGGAGUAAUUAUAUGUACUCUGCUUGGAUUUGAAGUGACUCUAGUACAUUGCUUACUACAUGAUAACUUUCCAGUUAUUGGCAGUAGUGAUCAAUAGACAAUAGAUUGUGUUGGCAUUCAGAGCAAGUAUUUUUAACUGUGUACUGUGCAUGCUUCGACAGCAUCUAGUGGAGGAGAUCCCUGCAAUGCUAGGAACUGAAGUAUAUAUAUGGUCACUAUAGCCAGUGAUCAGAACAUCUCUGUCCUAGAGCACAAUACAAGGUGCACAGCAUCCGAAAGACAAUUAUAAUAAAUCGUAUUUUUCCAGCAGUAUCACAUCGACACAUCAUCACAUCAAAGUUAGCUCCUAGCACUAUCACAUAUAUGAUUUUGUUUGUUAGUAUAGUAUCUCUUGCUAUUUAAUUGUCUCUCUGUCUCUCUGUUUGUCCAUCUGUCUGUCCGUAUCUGUGUUUUUUAG